AUGUCAGCACGUGUUGCUGGCUACGCGGCGAUCGCCUUCUCCCUCUCCUCCCUAUUUUUGGUGGCUACAUUCGUCCCCGCCCUCUGGAAUAAAAUCAAUGAUAUCACCGGGGAACUUCACUAUGAUAUGAAUGAAUUCCGUGAUUUGCAUAACGAGGUUUGGGCCAAUAUGCGUGGAGAGACGUUCGGCGAGUCAGUGGUUCCAUUUGCCAGAAAGAAGAGACAGACGACGAGACCAGGAGAAUGUGUGUGCAAUUCGAACAGUGCUUGCCCACCCGGAGCCUCCGGACCCCAAGGAACACCGGGACUCGACGGUACUCCAGGACAAGCCGGUGAGCCCGGAGCACCCGGACUCCCAGGAAACUACCCAUCAAUCAAUAUGGACGCCCAUCAACAGUGCCGUAUGUGCCCACCAGGACCACCCGGAUUCCCUGGACCCGCCGGCGCGCCAGGCGCCCCAGGAGACAAAGGAAACGACGGAGCGGCAGGACUCCGCGGACCCGACGGACACCCAGGACACCCCGGUAAUCCGGGUUACGGUGGCGAGCCGGGAGCACCCGGAAAUAAUGGAGAACCCGGAGAGAAGGGACGUGACGGAACACACGGAUCGAAGGGAGCCCCAGGACCACAAGGACCGUCUGGACCAGUCGGACAGCCAGGAUUCCCAGGACAACCAGGAAAUGAUGGGAAUAGUGGAGUGCCGGGAAUUCAGGGAACACCUGGAGGACCCGGGGAGGAUGGAGCUCCAGGAGCACCAGGAUUCGAUGGACAACAGGGACCGAGUGGAACGCCUGGAGAGGAUGCAAACUACUGCAAGUGCCCACCAAGAUCCAAACUUUCUCGUUAG